AAAACCAAACACAUUACACCGAAUUUCAACAUAUUUGUCAUUUCCAUGAUGUGUACAGUAUGGUAUUAACAAUAUAUGGCAGAACCUUAUUGGUUCUCAGUAGAGGAUAAAACCGUAAACGAACAGCUACUGUAAAAGGUUAUGUAUGACGUCAUUCCAAUGAGACGAAAAGGGAGGAGUGAAACAACUGUCUCCAAAGUUUGCUUUUCUUUUUUCAACCUCCGGUUUCUAUGUUCGGGUGCCGCAGAACUGUAUUUUUAGAGAUGACUUUGCAAUGGACUGCAGUUGCCCUCUUCCUCUAUGUGGAAAUAGGUGUACUCCUUAUCCUCUGUCUACCCUUCAUCUCAGCCACCAGAUGGCAGUGUAUCUUCCAGCUGAGAAUAUGGAACAAAAUGGCCAGGUUUUGGAAUAAAUUCUUCCUCGCCAUGAUCAUAAUCCUUAUAGUCCUCUUCCUUGAUGCUUUGCGUGAGGUGAGGAAGUAUUCGGGUGUGGGAAACGGCAAGGAUGCUAAUCUGCAUCCCAACAUGUUUGACCACCUCCACAUGAAGCUGUUCAGAGCCCAGAGGAACCUCUACAUCUCUGGCUUUACCCUCUUCCUCUGGCUAGUUCUGAGGCGGGUGAUCACUCUGAUCAACCAGCUGGCGACGGAGUCUGGCACCACGGCCUCUCUGCAGAUCAAGGCAGAGUGUGCCAACCAAACUGCCAAGAAAUACAUGGAGGACAACGAGCUACUGAAACAGACUCUGAUGUAUGGGAAGGGGGACAAGGCCACAGCGGAGGGAAACGAGCUGCUGAGGUCAGAGGUGGAGAAACUGAGAGGAGAACUGAAAGGCUCAGAGGACACCUUGGAAAAGUCCCAAUCCGAGAUGGAAGCUAUGAAGAAACAAUCCGAUGGACUGACCAAAGAAUACGACCGACUGCUGAAAGAACACCAGGAUCUUCAAGAGAGUGGAGAUAAAAAGGAUGAUUGAUCGGGCUUAUGACUACAACGGUCAGAAUGUUUACAGAUCGAACCAAGAAACCAGAAAUACUGUCAGGCACGCUGUCACUUUCCUUUGACAUACUGAAGCACUGUGCAUGAUGUCACUAAAAUACUCCUCCAAGGCCUCACUGAGCCACCAAACCUCAGAUAAAAAGCACCUGAGCACGUUUGUAAUAGAAUAGCUACUAGACCAGCCUAGAAAUAGUGUUUCUAUAAUUCGCUGACUUUUGGAGAACGGAUAGCAGUACAAGCUUCAGAUUACAGUGGUCGUCUACUGUGAAUAUAUUUUUGAUGUAAUGGGCUUGCUAUGUAGUUUUUUCCCCCUGUAUAUCGCAAGAGCACCACCAUUGCAUUCAUCCUUUUAUUUAUUUUUUACCUUAGCAGCAAUGCAUAUUACAGAUUGAGUUGUAUGUGUUUUGUAAAGCAAAAUUAGCAUGGAGUUCAUAGGGGUAGAGAAGCUAUAUUGAGUCAUUUUUGUUGUUGAAUAUUUGAUAUCAAUGUUUUUCAUUCCUCUUAGAUGUGGAGGGUUUGUGAAUAUUACACAGGGUCACGGUCAUGAUUUUCUGUUUUGUAAUAAGGAUAGUGAAAUGGAAAAGUCUGGGGAAAUUCAUCUUUCCUCUUCUCACCCUGACUCCCUGUAUUGACUGUCGUAGCCCAGGGUUUGGGUUGGGUAGACUGGGUCAGUACUUGGAGUGGGAUUGAUAAGUGACCAACAAAUCUUCCUCUAGCCUCCAUCCCCUAUCUCUUAUAGGGCCCCAGUACUGUACUGUACAUCCCCCAGUACUGUACAUUACAUUCCAAAACUAGCGAACAGUAGCAACGCUGACAGAAUAAGUGCCUUUCAGAUGAUUGUAGAUAUAUUUUCAAGUACAAAAAUCUGGUUGGAGUAAGAAAGUUGUUUUCAAUAUUUCAGUAUGGCUCAUUAUUAAAGUUGUUUUUGCGGCUAAAUCUGUUAUUUUUUACUUUGGAAAAAUUGUCUCCACCUACCAACAUGUUAUCCCAUAUUAAAAAUGUUUCAUUAUUGUA